AAAUUAACAUUUUUGUAAUUAAGGCACAAAACACUGCUUCUCGAUGGCCUCCUGUCUUAGCGCUUUUACUCGGAAGAAAUUAAUCGAUCCAAAGACUUUAAUAUCGACUCAACUCAACCGUUGUCUGUCGAUUUUUGACCUGACACUUUUGGGUAUAGGAAGUACCUUAGGAGCCGGUAUAUACGUGCUCGCCGGUGAUGUCGCACGUAAUGACGCCGGGCCCAGCAUCGUUAUUUCAUUUUCAAUCGCCGCCGUUGCGUCCAUUCUUUCUGGCCUGUGCUAUGGCGAGUUUGGAGCUCGGGUUCCUAAAGCUGGCUCGGCGUACGUCUACAGUUACGUGACGAUAGGCGAGUUGUGUGCCUUUGUAAUAGGAUGGAACUUACUCUUAGAGUAUGUCAUUGGAACAUCAUCGGUCGCCCGAGCGUGGAGCGCAUAUUUUGAUUCAAUUUUUGACGACAGGAUUCAGAACUUUACCCUUUCAAACAUCGGAAAAAUACACGUCACAGGCCUUGCAGAAUACCCGGACUUAUUAUCUGUACUGAUAAUUCUAAUAUUAACCGGAGUAUUACUCGUCGGUAUAAAGAAAACCUCCUGGUUCAACACCUUGUUCACUGGAAUCAAUUUAUUCAUCAUCAUAUUCAUCGUGUGCGUUGGUAUAUAUUAUGCAGAGAUGAAGAACUGGACAGAUGACUUUGUUCCUUAUGGAGGGUCCGGGAUCCUCGCGGGAGCUGCCACCUGCUUCUAUGCCUUCAUUGGUUUUGAUAUUAUCGCAACUGCCGGAGAGGAAGCAAGGAAUCCUAGCAGAGGAAUACCAAUUUCUAUCGUCUUAGCCCUGGUGUUUUGUUUUCUGGCGUAUUUCGGUGUGUCUGCCGUACUAACCCUAAUGUGGCCCUACAAAGAUCUUCCCGACGGAGGAACAUUACCUAAGGUGUUCAAAUUGAGAGGCGCACCCUGGGCCAAAUAUGUGAUUGCUAUCGGCGCCCUCUGUGGACUGACGUCAUCUCUACUUGGGGCUCUGGUGCCAAUACCUAGAAUGCUGUAUUCUAUGGCGAGCGACGGCAUAAUUUUCAAAUUUUUGGCUAAAGUGAACCCAAGGACAGAGAUACCAGUGAUUGCAACAAUAAUAUCCGGGGUGUUUUCUGCAUUUUUGGCUCUAAUCUUUGACCUGGACUCGCUGGUAGAAAUGAUGUCUAUCGGCACACUCUUAGCUUAUUCCAUAGUGGCUCUGUGUGUUUUAAUCUUGAGAUACCAGCCAGAAAAUAUUGGACUGAUCAAAGAAUCGAGCAAGCAAGAUGGUAGCUUGGCCACACCUCCUCACGGCCCAAGCGAAAGUUCUCCGCUACUGGGUAACAGAGGAGUCCAACAACCAACGCCAAGGACUGCUCAAUUAGCGCUCUAUGGUAUCAGUGCUAGUACCCUCGCUUCCGUGGGCCUCAGCGCUGUGACAAUCUAUGGCUCACACGCCUUGUUACAAGCCAAAUGGUGGGCAAUCAUUAUUAUUGUAUUAAUGGGCCUACUAAUGGUUGGAUCUACUAUCCUACUCCUGUGGCUGCCCCAGAAUAAGGUGUCCCUGGCAUUCAAGGUCCCCUGUGUUCCUAUGUUACCUCAAUUGUCCGUUUUCAUCAACUUGUUUCUCAUUUUGAAGCUCUCUUACCUGACAUGGCUCAGAUUCGCUGUUUGGAUGGUAAUUGGAAUGAGCAUCUAUCUGUUCUAUGGAAUCCGCCACAGUGUGGAGGGUGAAACACGCAGAGAUGGAAAAACAGAUGUCGUAGCCUGACCAACCAAUCACAUAAAAUGCACUGAUGUUCAUCUGAAGACAGCGUGCUUCGAUGACAGAUGAUGAAGGAGAAAGUUCUAGAUCAGAAUACAGACUCCGCAAAUCGUAACAAACUGAGAAAGAAUCAAGUUUCUUUUAAAAAAAAACUGUGUUUUGUGUUAAUCUAAUUCAUUUGUUCGCAGAUGGUAAACUUGAAAUUUUUACAGUGUAAAUGUGUUUGAAAUUUUUUGACUUGGUUUACUUGAGAACUACUGCUAAAAUAUUGGCAAAUAUGUUUCGAUAUGUUCUCUGUGUUGGAUAAUAUCAUCAGUUUUCGUGAAACGUCUCAGGUGAUUUUUGGUGCAUCUGAAUCAGGGUGAUUCAUUUGUUUUUUCUUAUUUCUCAAAUAA